GUAAGAGUCGGGCAGCUUGCGCGAAGUCUGCGGUGGUACCAUCGAUUCUGUUAUUUCAAAGUAAUAAAUAUCAGGACAUCGAGGAAUUACAAGACGAACACGAUGGUGACUAGGUUUUGAAAAGUGUGAACAUUCUACGAUAUCGUGUGCGAACACGUUGUGAGUGUUAUACAUAGUGACUGGUCAGUAUAACCUGUGGUGCGCCAUGAACUUACUGCUGUCUUUUGCAUUUUUGGGAAUCUUGAGCGGUUGCUUGUGCCACGAGCCCUGCUCAGUUUCCAAGUACCGCGCUGCCGACGGAGGAUGCAACAACGCGAGACAUGCCGACUGGGGCUCCGCCCACACACCCUACCUGAGGUUGCUGCCUGCACAAUACGACUGGGAGAACGGGCCGCCCCCGCAAGCGGAGGCAGUGGUAGAGGCGGUAGUGGAGGCAGGAGGGGGACACCACCCCCAUGUCACCAGUCUCCUGCCUCUCUGGGGCGAUCUUCUCAGUAGAGAUCUCUCCCUGCCAUACAAGUCUGAUAAAGGUGUUAUUCUGAAUGCUCAGUCUGGGUUCCUGGAUGGAUCCGGUUUCUAUGGGACAACCCUCGAGGAGCAACAGAAGCUACGAGGAGAGGGAGGACGACUCAAUCUCUCCGCAUGUUCAGAGUGCCGUAAUGUGGGAUCAGGUCUGGGAGUGCUCUACACCACCUUGUUGCUGGAGCACAAUCGACUGGUGACACAGUUUGUCAGCCUCAACCCCCACUGGUCAGCUGAUACCCUAUACCUGGAGGCUCGCAGACUGCUGGCAGCUCAGCUACAGCACAUCACCUACGCUGAGUUUCUUCCAACGCUUCUCGGAGAGGCUGUGACUACAGAGUGGGGGCUGAGGCCGGCACGCCGAGGUCGUUACCAUGGCUACUCCAGCUCCAACAGGGCUGGUACUUUCUACAGUGUCGCCAACACAGCACUGCGACUUGUUCCUUCCAUGGUGCCUUCCACACUGGUUAUAAAAACAUCGUCUCAUAUGUCGGACAACGCCACUAUUGAAGCGAGCCUCUCCGGGAUGUACUCCAUGGUUCUGAAUACUCCUGCUCUUCUGCCUGCCCUUCAUGAUCAAGAGGAGUGGACUGCACGGCUGGAAGAUAUGAGGAUACAGAAGCUGGCUGGUUAUGUGGACUGGCUCAAGUUGUGUGCCCAAGGGCAUGAAGCCACUAACUUCACCUCCUGGACAUCAAUAUCACCUGAGCGACAGCAGACUCUGACUUCGUUGUACAGGAACCCGAGGCAGGUGGACCUCCUGGCAGCUGGUAUCUUGGAACAACCUCAGCCUGGGUCUGUCUUGGGCCCCAUCCUGACCUGUCUUCUGGCCCAUCAGUUCAGCACAUUGAGGAAUAGUGAUCGCUUCUGGUAUGAGAACGAUAUCCCACCAGCGUCAUUCACUAAAGAUCAGCUGAGUGAGAUAAGGAAAGUAACGUUGGCAGGGUUGCUGUGUACCAAUGUGCCUCAUCUUCUCAGCAUCCAACCCAGGCCCUUCCUGCAGGAGGAUCCUUAUUUGAACGCCCAGAUAGGAUGUGAUCACUUCUCUCACCUGAGUGUGGAGACUUGGCGCGAAGACAGCGGGGAACUGGACUCCGCCCAGCAGACAGUCUCCAUGGAGUUGCUGAAGCAAGCUAUCCGCAGAGCAGAGGACGAUGUCCAGAGGCGCUUCCAGACCGAGUACUUACUCUGGAGUCAAAAGGGAGGAGUGGAUCCUAAGUCACCAAUCGGAACAGCAGCAGCUUUCAGCAAACCUAACAAGGAAGCUUUUCUAUUGGCCAACAACUCACUGCUGUUGGAGUAUGCUUCAAGAGAAAUCAUGAACAGCAUUAACUCAAAGAGCCGCCGCCGCAGGCAGCUAGAUGCUGGUGACAACAUUAUCGGAUUUGGACCAGACCUUCCUCUGAAAGAUUUUCUGUCAGACCUGGACAUAACCAGCUUCUUGCCCUCCCUUACACACCCCAAUGAUGAGGUGUGCCAUGAGGAGAAUGGACCCUGUGAUCCACGUUCACCAUAUAGAAGCUUCAGUGGCCAUUGUAAUAACUUGGAGCGUGUCAACCUUGGUCGCAGUUUCACUACCUUUGCUAGGCUUCUGCCUUCCGUAUAUGAAAAUGGUAUCUCCAGCCCACGUAUGACAUCAGUGAGUGGAGUUCCGCUGCCGUCUGCUCGUCUAAUCUCUUCAUCCAUGCACCCAGACAUCAGCCACCUCCACAACCGCUACACACUAAUGGUCAUGCAGUUUGCUCAGUUCGUUGAUCAUGACCUCACCUUCACGCCCGUUCAGAGAGGAUUCUUCGCCUCCAUCCCGGACUGCCGUUCAUGUGAUUCCCCCCUCACAGUACACCCAGAAUGUAUGCCCAUCCCAGUCCCCAGUGGGGAUCCGUUCUACCCUCAGAUCAACAUUACAUCUGGCGCUAGGGUGUGCCUCCCUUUUAUGAGAUCCAUGCCCGGCCAACAACGACUAGGUUCAAGAGAGCAGAUUAAUCAGAACACAGCCUAUCUGGACGGCUCACACAUCUAUGGACAGGACUCAUGUAUGGCACGCAGCCUGCGCAGUUAUGGCGGCCGGCUGAAUGCUACCAUUCGACACAACGGGGACAAGGACCUGCUCCCCCUGACUCCUGUGCAUCCGGAGUGCAAAUCUCCCUCUGGUUAUUGCUUUAUCGCUGGUGACGGAAGGGCGAGCGAACAGGCUGGAUUGACAGCUCUCCAUACUAUCUACAUGAGGGAACACAACCGCCUGGUCCACAGCCUGCAUGCUGUCAACCCCCACUGGGGCGAUGAGAAGCUGUACCAGACUGCCAGGCGAAUCGCAGUAGCAGGCUACCAGCAUGUGGUAUACAACGAGUUCCUACCUCGUCUUCUUGGCUGGAACGCUAUUAAUCUGUAUGGGCUCAAACUGACACCUCAGGGCUACUCCAAGGCCACCUACAGCACUUCAUGCAACCCCAACAUUGUGACAGAGUUUGCUGCGGCCGCUUAUCGUAUCGGACACAGUCUACUGAGACCACAUCUGCCUCGCGCAGAUCCCCAGUACCAGGCCGUCGAGCCUGCUAUACUGCUGCGUGACGUCUUCUUCAACCCUGACGUCAUCCAUCAGAGACAUAUGGUGGACGAACUUAUUCGAGGUCUUGUGUCCACCCCUAUGGAGAAUCUUGACCAGUUCAUCACUGGGGAGAUCUCCAACCAUCUGUUUGAGGACAGGCGUAUCCCUCACUCAGGCAUGGACCUGCCUGCGCUCAACAUACAGAGGGCAAGAGAUCAUGGUAUUCCGUCCUACAAUGAAUAUCGAGCACUCUGCAACCUCAAGCGGGCCACCACAUGGGAGGACCUGAGUCGAGAGAUCCCAGCAGAGUCCAUUGCACGGUUUCGACGCAUCUAUGCGAGCGUGGACGAUAUAGACUUGUUUCCUGGAGGUCUCAAUGAGCGAGCUGUCCAAGGUGGUUUGGUAGGACCAACCUUUGCCUGUAUCAUAGGCUUGCAGUUCCGCCAAUUGAAGAAGUGUGAUCGAUUCUGGUAUGAAAGCAGUGAUCCGAUCCUUAGAUUCACAGAACCCCAGCUUGCCGAGAUCCGGAAAGUGCAGCUAUCCAAGGUUCUCUGUGACAAUCUGGAUAUCUCUGGAGACAUCCAACGUUCUGUUCUUGACCAGCCAAGUGACUUCUUAAACCCAAGAUUAUCAUGUCAAUCGUUACCAUCAAUUGAUGUUAAUGCCUGGCGUGAGAAUGCUGCUCAGGGUUGCCAAAUCGCCGGACGAACAGUUCCUGUUGGAGAUACAGCUUUGCCAACUCCCUGUACCAGCUGUGUUUGCACAGCAGAAGGGCCCCAGUGCGCCUCACUGCGAGUCCACGACUGCUCCCAGCUGAUGCGUGAGGCAGGUCGUGACGCCAUACUGCGUGAUGAGGUCUGCGCUGCGCAGUGCUCCUCUCUACUGCUUUCUUCUCCUGGUCCUACACUGGAGGCGCUGGAGGAUAUUGUGUCUCUCACAACACGCAAACCUAUCACUAGUCGUGCGCGAGACUUCCUUGCGACUCGCCUCAUCCCUCCACCACUGCCUGGGCGGAGGCCUAACCUCAGGAGUUUUAAACUCCCAGACAUUUUCCUUGGCCGAUAGUGCAACUUCCACAAGAGUUGUAAAGGAAGGCGCCAUAAUAGUUACAUCACUGAUAGCGGCUGUUUAAAAACACAAUCUGCAUUCCUGAAAGCUUAUUAGUAAUUGUAGUUAUUUUCAUGUUGCCUCUUGUUUGACAGAAAAUUAUCAGAAUUUCUAGUAAUAAGAUCCAGAUUGCAAACAGAAAUCAAUUCAAUCCAUUUGUAACUGAAUAUACUGAUUUUAUAACUAAUUUUACAGCCAAUAACUAUAACAUGACACAAAUUUGAAAAAAUGUCCAUUUCAAAUUAUUGAACUGAAAAACAUUCAAAAGGUUAUUUACUGUGCCAAACUUUCUAAAGUUGUUAAAUCAAAAUGAGCAAUCAGAACCGUUGAUCUAGAAGAACUAGAAAAAUGAAAAACUAAAUUUAUUUCUACUAAAAAUACAAGUAUAGUACAAAUAAUACUUCUAGUAUUGCAAAUAGAUGUCAAACAAAACCAGCAUUUUUUUCAACAUUUUGCAUUUAUUUAUUAACUUUAAUAUCAUUACUUUAGGUGUAUGUAAUUCCAAUUAUUUUAUAGAUUAUUUUGAUUAUUUUUGUUGUUUUCUAAUUGCAUUUUGUGAUAUAAUUUUGUUGUUUUUAUCAGAACAACAUUCAUUUUUCCAGUAACAUUUUGUUCUUAUUUAUUGAUCAGCUUUUAUGUCUUUGCUGGAAAUAUUGAAUUUUAACCAUUUCUGUAGCCGAUUUUCUGUACAUAAAUCUGAGGUUGAAACGAAUCAAUGUGUUACCAAGUGUUACGGGAUUUACACAAUAUUCUUAGCUGUAGUUGUGAUCUUGGGACAUGAUUUUCUCUGGAGUAUGUAGUGAAAUAAAACCUGAUAUAAUUAGUUUAACUGCUAGACUAGCCAAGUACAAGUUAACGACUAAUUCUAGUAUAACGAGACUUAUUAUGACAGAGCUCAAUUAGGUAGAUAGACAAGAAGGUGAAUAUGUUAAGUAUACUCUGAAUUUUAAAUGAGUAACUUAAUUUCUGGUGAAUUUACAGGGUAUUUUCGGAGGUCUUUGCAACAUAAUAGUAUAAAACAUUGCCUAUUUAUCCCCAAAGUACCCUGUACAGUCACAAGGUAUUAGAGAUAGGUUCAUGGAAGUUUGUUUUUGUGGUUCUUGAAUCUGUAUUCUCUUACUUUUGAGAAUAAAAUGCUGCCAUUUCAAGGUCAGCCAUUGGAUGUGCCAAAAGCUAUUUACUAGAACACUUCUAUUUUAUUUCAAAUGAAAUCCUUUCUUUUAUUAUCAUGCGGCACCUUAACAGCAGAUAAAAAUAAAAAAGCUAAUAUCUAUAUUUACUUUGUAAUUAGAUUUAUUUCACACUGUUAGCAUAUUUUGUUUUCCAUUAGACUUGUUAUUUAUAUACAGGAAUACGUUUUCCUUUGUAUUGUAUUGUAUUGUUGUUUAGUCCAAUAUUUGUAUUAUAAUGUUGUGUACAUAUUUUGCUCUAUAAAAUAAUACGAUUUUGUAUCAUAAUCUAA